CUGUCAAUGUUCGACCACGUCCAACUUCCGUUGUUUUCAAAGACCUAUGUUUAUCGAGUUGCAGGUCACGUCUCGUUACGUCAGUCCUUUAACUCGACGACGAAACGUAGCAUUGCCGGAUUCCAUGGAAAAACCUAACCCAACUGUUGCUACGCCAAACGCGCGUGUGUUAUCUUUAAUCUUCCAUGACCGAGCGACGUGUGCUUCAUCGAGAGUCAACGCGUACGCGUUCAGUGCCAACUCAAUUAACGCGAUUGCGACAACGAUAAAUCGUUUAACUUCUUUCCUACCUCUCCCUCUUUCUGCCUUCUACAGGCGUGUGGUUCGAAUUAAGAAAAUUGCCGGUAUAAUAGGAGACACGAACAAAGGAACUCGAAAAUCCCUUUACAACGUCGGUUCAUUGGCUAGAAUCCAUUAGAAAGCAACUAAAGAGUUUCUCCUAUUAUGAAAUCUAUUCACAUUCGUUUCAUGAAUUACACCGUGUCCGUAGCGUUCGGAACAAUCCGAUUAAGUAAGUACGACAAUCUUACGAACAAAGAGACGCGAGCUUAAAUAUAGCUAUUUAGCAGCCGGGCUAAGUUUAUCUUUAUUGAGGUUUACGCUGGUCCCCGUCGACCUCGUUACUGCACGAAGUAAAUUACUCGUGUCUCUAACAAACAUCAUCGUUUAUCGCCAUUUUUUAUAAUCGCAGUCCUCGGACCGCUUUUAUCGUUAACAAUUACCUUGUUUAUGAGCGGGAAUAAAAAGACCAUAAUUAUUAACGAUAAGUUUGGUUUUAUACCAAAUCCUGCAUAAGUGUGCUUCUUGUAUUUAAAUAUAUCUUUGUAAUCUGCUUUCACUGAACGGGUCACGCUGUAUCUGUGUUUGCACGCGUGUACGUAAAUGUAAGUAAGUUGCAUGCGAUUACGCGAAGAAAUACAUAAGAUGGUACGUACACGGCGGCAAAUGACGAUUACUCCAACAGGAUCGCGUGCUCCAGUAAGCUAACACGUUGCAUUAGAGCUGCUGCCUGCUCGGCUAUCAACGUGUUACAUACUUUGCACAAAUACGCGAUCGAAUCAUUUAGCGUUAUUUACCGACUGAUCGCGCGUAUUAUACAAACCUGCGAACGGAUAGCCACAGGUUAAUUGAAUUAAAAAUGGCAGACGUCUUCGUAAGAACUCGAUCGUGAAAGAACAAGAUUUUACAUCGCAAAGAGAUUAAGCGGAUCUUGGUCGGACCAGUGGAUUCUUCAACCAGUGAUAUUCGUUUUUACGCCUUGUACUUUAAUCACCAGAUAGAUACCUGUUUGGCAAACGUUGCUUCGUCUACUACCUAUAAUUAUCGCAAUCUACGUACUUGGUUAGGUAUUUUUAAAUUUCUUAUAAUUAAAUUCAAAUAUAAGAAUUACUUUUUACUUGCAGAAAUGUUCGACGAUAGGAUCGAAUAUGUAUAGUCCCUGUGUAUAGUCUAUUCUAAAAAGGAUCGGAGGACAUUACGAAAACUGAUCUGGUGAAUGACAUCGGUAUUUCGGAACAUGAGAUAAGAAAUGCCAUAAGAUAGCGAAUCUAUUCCGUAGCCCGGUUGGGAUUCAAAAUCGUGAUGGUGUUGACAAGACGUGUCCAUCGAGAUAAAUCAUUGGCUCGACUCGGUUGGUCACGAGCGGUGACAUGUUUCGUACCCCCCUAUCAGGACGAGUCUAUUAAAUCUGCAACAGGACGGAAUGUCUGCCACGGUCAUUACCAUUCCGCCAAGUCGUAAGUUAUCUUCGCUGACAGUGGGCGCGCAUAGAAAUGUCUUCGGCCGUGAUACCUCCUGACUUCUUCUUCUUCUUCUUCUUCUUCUUCUGGCUGUUCUCCUUGUUUUUCUUUUCCUUCCUUCCACUUCUCAUUCUGUUCGAGGCCGUCUUUGGUCACACUGUCAGCCGCCGACAUCCGUAUCAGUCUUUACACUCCAGAUAGCGCAAUCUUUUUGCUGUAUUAUCUAUCUUCUUGUAAAACUUCCAAUAAGACCCAAAGAAUUUUUUUCCUAUGAAAACUGUUGCUUUUAUACCGAAGAUCGCCACUUGCCAUUCAACGAUCUUAACCGAGCCUAUCAAAGGUUUAGAUUCGUAGAGGUAUUGGACGGUCCGCGCUGUAACUGAUUCGUAUAAAAUUUGCAUCACAUUCCAGGCAACCCUUGCCAGUGCCAGUAAUAGUGGUCGUGCAUCGUAGGUAGAUCUUUGAGGAGAUCUCACCUCGGCACCUCCGCAAAACUUACGGACACGAACGUAAAGAAACGAAAAGAAAAGGAAGGGAAAGAACAGCGGAGGAGAGGAAGACAUGGAAGAAGAAGAAGAAGAAGAAGAAGAAGAAGAAGAAGAAGACGACGACUAACCAGAGCAUGGUGAAGAAAAGAGAAAGAGAAGAAGAAGGAGGUAGAACAAGAGCCGCGGACCUUUUCGAGUCCUUCCAAUUCUCUCGUGACCAUAAAGGUUUUGUUGCAGCCGGAUCGCCGUCGAGUCGAACGAUCCGUUCUCGAAAAAUCUGUGCAAAUGGGAGCCACGUAGAAAAGGAUAUCAAGUGUAUAUCUCACGACAAGUUUAUCACGGUCAGAUAAAACAGUAACUUCGUUCCGAGGUUAGUCCGAUAAUCGUGGUCGUUGGUUUUCACCCUACGGGGAUGCCAAGAUGAACGUUGGUCCAAAUUUACGUGAGAUAUUCAAUUACGACUAUUAGCCAACUAUUUGCGAAACAUCGUGAUGACUUCCGAGAUAGGUGGCGAGGCCUCGUGUCUCCAGCGUCUUCAUCAAGAAGCUUUUAAUUGUUUAGAAACAUUUCCAAACAAGAUCAUCGAAUUGAAUAACUUCGUCAACGAGUACAUGCCGGAAUCUGUUAGAAAUAAUAAAUUCAACGAACCUGCGAUCGAUCGGGAAGUCAAGUGCCAAUCUACGCUUUCCACCGCGAAAAAUUGCGAUCUAAGUAGCAUCUCAGACUUCGGCGUUUCCAGUUACUACUCUCUCUCGAUGUGCGAUCGCAAUCGAUCGCGACAUGGAAUCUGUAAAAGAAAAUACUAUCGAUCGCGAGGUAUAACAGGUUGUAACGUACGUCGAAGACCUGGACCGCUUGGACAACUUUUAGCAUUUAUAGUCAGCAGCUUGGCGACAUGUACAAAGAAAAUCGUCGUUACUCCGUCACAGUACAUCAUGGACAACAUAAUUCCAACAUUCUUUCAAAAGCGAGAGUUGAAAAACGCACAAUGUGGACCGCCGAAUUGGAAUAGCUCUCUUUCGACUUACGUGACUACGGUAAAAAAAGACACCACGAUUAUUGGGAAACUUAUCGAUAUCAUGAGACCUGCUGUAGUGAAACUCAUUAACGACACUACGACCGUAAGGAUUCUCAUAAAUUCUUUGCACUUGCAAUUACGCGUUUCCUUUUCUCUCUCUCUCUCUCUCUCUCUCUCUCUCUCUCUCUAUCUCUCUGUAUGUUCGAUGAAACAAAAUGUGUACAAAUCUACUUCAGUUGAAACGCUGGCUACAAGCAAUUGCUUUGACCGCUACAUCGCCUCCGAUCGAACUAACGAAUGCAACUCGUAACACUGAAACCAUCGACUGUUGGGCUUACGAGCUGUUCUUUCAUCUCAAGUACCUUCAAGUGAAUCGCGGACGACGGACCACCGACAAAGUAAUCCUUACAGUUAAUUGUAACUCUUGCCUACCUUUGCCGCGAUAUAGCGAAGAACGCGUUAAUUUCGCUUUCGAAUCAACGCGAUCGUAACAACGAUUUUCAAUUGCACUUUCAACCUUGUUAAUGAAACUCUCGCUGUUCCGUUAGGUAAUGGCCGAGGCGGAGUCGAAACCUAACGAUGUGAUUCACGCUAACUUAUGGCACCGAUUAGUUCAGCUCCGCGAUAAUUACAUUAUUCUGUACGAGACUUUAAAGAACUACGAUAAAAUUCGUGAUCUCGAUUCGGAGAAACGGCAAGAAUAACAACGUAAUGGCCAGUUACAGCGAAUGUCGAGCGGAGGAAACACAGAUUCGGUUUAAUGCAUCCACUAAUUCCCUUCGGAUAAGCGAUUUAGACAUUUCGCUCUGUAUAGUUUUCCAAAGAACAUUAAUGCAAACUGUACAGCAGGUUUAACUCGAAUAGAAGGUCCGUCGGUCGAACCUCUCGCCCGUUUGUUUCGACACGAUUCAGCUGACAUGGCACGCUAUUGUAGCUAACAUUUAAACUUCGUGCCAAGGAAGGGAACGCAGGCGCAGGCUACGGAAUUUUUACUUCGCCGAGAUUGCACCACCCGACCUGCAGUCACCAUUCGCUCCAUCGACUUUUUUCCACCGAGUAAUAGCGUAACCUACUUCACCAGAUAAAACGUCAAACACUUUUUACGACCAAGUAAUACUAUCGAACGUUAAUAUCUAGGAUCUAGCCCGGCUUAUAGCGAGACCGAUAUCGGUGCAAUUUCGAUCGUACAAAUUUUAAUAGCGAUGGAUUUCGCAAUAGAAACGUUUUUUUUUUUUUUUUUUUUAGUCGUCGAACAAAGAUUGUUUGCGAAACGUAUAGGGAUACAGAGGAUCAGCGUUACGGUGUUUCCAGUGAAACGAGUUUACGAGGAACCAGCCAUCGGACGCGAUAGAAUUAUUAAUCAUUCACCGACAAACGCAUGCUGCACGCGUCCAUUUAUGUUUUGGCGUUCUUCGAUCGUUUCGUAUUCAACUAACGUGAGCAACACUUGUCAUACCAUAUAGGUUAAUAUCGUAUUUAAAAAUCCCUUUCUCGAAUUACCAUCUUAUACAUUUUUACGGUGAUAAAUCGUCAUAUUAUAACGGAUGAAACGUAAAUGGGGAAAUAAAACGUGGCUAGUUGAGGGAUAUGCAGAAUUCAAACACCGAGUCCAUUCUUCUAUUCCCACGAUAAAUGCAGCGGCAAAUCUUUCUCUGGAUAGAGGGAGUGUCAGUGCACAUCAUGGUAACUGGUAUAGUCGUAUACAGCUAUAGAACGGUAUCGCAAAAGAGAUUGUGUUGCUUCUAGAUAUUGUUGAGACGGUAUAAAAUUCACAAGGAAAGGAAUUAUAUCAUAGUCUAACUGGAGCCGAUAAAAGAUGUUUUAAAACGUUUAAAAAACUACGUUUACCGUACGAUAUCUCGUAAAGAAACGUUCGGUGCGGAUACUUUUGUUCGUCACUGUACUUUUCAUCUUCGUGAUCGGCUGGUGCUCCUAUAAUCUAACUACGAAUCAUUAGACGUGGUGUCAUAAAGCAACGCUCAUGGACGUUAUUACGCCAUUAAUGUCGAAAUGCUGACAGUACCUCACGGUAUUAAAUUCUUACGACCGUUAAGCAGUUAUAAAUCGAAAUUAUUUGUUAUUCGUUAAGAAGAGGAUGGAAUCGGUAAUUUGUAAGAACAUUUCCUUUCGUUCUCUUUGCUUGCAAAUAGAAAAUGUCAGGAAGGGAAUACAUCUAAGAACGGUUUUCCCAUUUAAGCCGAUGUGUUAGAUAUCCGUCAGUACAUCUAGGCAAAGGUAAGAGCGUUAAACGAGUACCGACCCCAACUAACCUAUGAUCUUGGUUGAUAGUUGAUCGGGAGUUAAGCUUCGCUCCAUCCAUAACAGCUUCGAACGAAAUCCCUCGUGUGGCUCCAUCGUGCGAACGAACGGUAGUCACGACUCUGAUUACGUAGCGUGUAAAACACCAAGGAGCCGUACGAGAGGAAAAAUAAGCGGACAGAAAGAGAAGGAUCAUCGAAGGAACGAGAAAACUAGAUAAGAGAUAAAACAAAAUUUAUAUCCUACGAGAUAAGCUAUAAUUAAAUUCAUUUCGAUUUGGAUUUUUACUUUGUUAUAUUAUCUAUUAAAUAUACCUUAUAUCGGGUUUUUCUAGCAAACGUAUAAUUAUUAUAUUCCUCGACGUUAUAAUUUUGUCUAGAAAAAAUUUCGAGGCGUUUGAUAUUAAAAUCGCGAAUAGAAUCGAAGGGCAAAUUUGAAAGAUCGGUCGAAGAGGAAGAGAAGCGUCGUUGAAUCUAAGGAAAAGCACAAAGAUCGUGGUCAUGAGAUCAUAGAGAGACGGGACUACCGAGAUCCAGAGGGACCGUUAGAGUUAACGAUGAGUUCGCUUCCCUUCUCUCCCUCUUUGCGAUCUUUCCGCUUCGCAAUUCUACGAGUGGAUAUAUCCGCGAUACCGCGGUAGCUCGUGGAGGCGGUUAACAAGACGAACAAUCUCUCUAGGAAGACGACAAUCGCAACGGGAAAAGACGAUUGCAUAAUUUACUCCGAAUUUCGCCAUGUUCGAUAAAAUCCAGUUCCGUACUUUAGGAUGAAAAAAGUUUUUUCUAUUUUCAACCUGUAUACACUGGAUUGCUAUCGUUCGCAGAAGAUCUCCGUGGAAAGGAUUCCAACGAUCGUUUCUCUCGUUACAACGCGAAC